AUGGCGGACGACCCUGGUACUUUGUUGGAUUCUGACAGUGAGGACGAAUUGCCUGUUGGCUGGGAAGAAAGGUCCACCCGAGACGGGAGGGUGUACUAUGCAAAUCACUCUGGAAAAGCUACACAAUGGCAACAUCCCAGGACAGGGAAAAGAAAAAGAAUUGUUGGAGAACUUCCAUAUGGCUGGACGACGGGUGUAGAUGAAAAUGACUGUCAGUAUUUCAUUGAUCAUGUAAACAAAAAGACAACUUACUCGGAUCCUAGGCUGGCUUUUGCAGUGGAAGACAACGCUGAGAGAGGAGAAAUCACACAGCGAUUUGAUGCAUAUAGUACUUGUAAAAGUAUCUUAUUAGGGAGAGACUUGACUGGGCAGUAUGUUAUUAUAACGGGAGCUAACAGCGGUAUAGGUUUUGAGACAGCCAGAUCCCUUGCCAUUCAUGGUGCCCAUGUGGUCAUGGCAUGUAGGAAUUUAAAGAAAGCAAAUGCCGCUGCUAAGAAGAUUCGUGACGAACGACCUGAAGCCAAUCUGGAAAUUGAAGUCAUGUUAUUAGACCUUGCUUCAUUCAGGAGUGUCCAACAGUUUGCUGAGAAUUAUAAACUUAGAGAAUGGCCGUUGAAUAUCCUUAUUCUGAAUGCAGCCGUUUUUGGAUUACCGUGGCAACUGACAGAAGAUGGAAUUGAGACAACCUUUCAAGUGAAUCACUUAUCACAUUUCUAUUUAUUUCAACUCUUAAAGAAUGUGCUCCUUAAUUCCAACAAUCCUCGGGUAACGGUCGUCUCUUCGGAGUCUCACAGAUUUGUAAAUAUUACUGGAAAUAAUUUUAAUGUUGGUAACUUGUCGCCACCAAAGAAUGAGUACUGGUCAAUGUUGGCAUACAACCGCUCAAAGCUGUGUAACGUUCUAUUUGCGUUAGAAUUACAUCGUAGAAUGUGUAAUCAUGGAAUAGCAUGCAAUGUUCUUCACCCCGGUAAUAUGAUAUAUACCGGUCUUCCCAAAAACUGGUGGCUUAUAUGGUUUGUCUAUAUGUUUGUUCGCCCUUUUACAAAAACUCUGUCGCAAGGAGCUGCUACGACUGUAUAUUGCGCCACAGCGAGAGAGCUGGAUUGUGUUGGUGGAUUAUAUUUUAACAAUUGCUGUCGGUGUGUGCCGUCGGAUGAAUCAAUGAAUGAAGGAACUGCUAUGGAAUUGUGGGAAAUAAGUGAGAGGAUGAUUAAAGAAAGUCUAAGUAAACAUAAUUUGUGA